GUCUAGGCUGACACAGCGGGUGAUCGCUUUUAAGCUGUCUAUUUUUGUUUUAGAAUUUUUAAUUUAUUUUUUAGUUAGACCAUUUUAGUUUAGUUCACAAUAUACACGCCACCUGUGCCAUGCAUGUUAUCGCCUCCUUCUUGAUCAAGAGAGGAGGAGGAGAUUUGGGAGGACAGCCGAAGAGCUUGACUGUGAUUUCUGCGGCAAAACAGAAAUCGAGAAUGAGUUCAUGCUUGUCAUUCAUGAUCGCUCUCGUCUGCGUGGGGAGCCUGCUGACCAUCGUCACCUGGUACAUGAUCGACCAUGACAGAAAUCUGCGCCCAGUGCGUCACAGGGAAGCGAUUGACAACGUGCGACAGCGCUACUCUCAAACCUGGAAGAAGAACGAGGAGAAUUACCGUGCAUUUACCUCCAAGUUGAGCCGCUCGUGUCGAGGCUUCGACAAGGCCAUCAUCACGCAGGGCAACACCCCCGUGGGGACCAAGAUUCAGUACGAUGGAGAAAUGGACAGGACACUACUGGUCACCCCCGCCAUUUUCAAAACAUUCAUUAAGGAACAUCCGUUCUCCAACAGGAUGUUUGACACUUGCGCCGUUGUUGGCAACGGCGGCAUCUUGAUGGACAGUCACUGUGGGAAAAUGAUCGACUCGGCUCAGUUUGUUAUAAGGUGCAAUCUUCCGCCUUUGAACAAGAAGUACGAGACAGACGUGGGCGUCAAGACGGACCUCGUGACGGUGAACCCGAGCAUCCUCCAUAAUAAGUACAGCUCCCUCAUGGGACAAGAGCGCGACUUUGUGAUGAGUCUUCAAAGGUACGGAAAGUCCCUCAUUGUCCUUCCUGCCUUCUCUUACGGCAUGAACACGGCGGUGUCGAUGCGCGUGGUCCAAACCGUCAACAACUUUGACAGCCCGGCCCGUCCUAUUUUCUUGAACCCGGAAUACCUGCGCAAUCUGUCCCAGUUCUGGGCGAGCAACAGCCUGAAAUGGAAACGCUUCAGCACGGGGCUCAUGAUGGUCAGCAUGGCACUGGAGGUGUGCGCCAAUGUGCACCUGUACGGCUUCUGGCCCUUCAGCACCCACCCGCACAGUCUCUCCACGCUCACCAAUCACUACUACGACGACGUGCCGUUCAAGGCCGGUGCCCACAACAUGCCCAUGGAGUUUGACCUGCUGCUGAAGCUGCACAGUCAGGGCGUUCUCAGGCUUCACCUGGGGGACUGUCAAAGCGAUAAAAAGUAGUCCCAAAAAAGAUCACCUGUGUGACUGAAAUGCUGUGGAAAAAAAGUCUCAUAAUCAUUUUGGCCCUAAUACUCUUUUGUUUAAAAUGUUGAAAUGCAGAUAACUUGGGACUUGAGCACUUUGGGUGAAAUAUUUUUUGGGUUCAUUUGUCAUUUUCCCGUGUUUGUUUUGUACAGAAUCACACACACACACACACACCACUUCCUGAGUACUAAAAGAUGUGUAGUAAGUGCUGUACUGACGUGCGCGGACAUACACAAUGCCCAUCAUUCACUUUCAUCAUCAUGCACCGAUGCUGCGGCGCCAAGGAUAAUUGAUGCCUUUAAAGUCUCCUUCAAGGAUACUUUGGCUUUAAAUACAAGUCAUCAACACCUGAGCCACUGUUUUUCUUCCUUGAAUGUAAAAUGAUUUCUGACGAUUUGGAGUACAAUAGAAUAAAUAUUUGUAAAUUAUCAUGACUGGGUUAUUUUACUUGUCUGCAUGUUAUUUAGAGGGUCAUCGGGAUAGCGUGGCUCGGAGAAGCCAUGAUCACAGAUCGAUAGCAAAACAUAGCAAUGGGCAUAGUAAUGCACCAUGAGGGACACCAUCAGUUUUAAUUAGAAGCCUAUAUAUGCACAAGAAUAUUAGCCACAAAGUGAUGCAAGAUAAUUUAGUUAAGUCAGACGGUGGCUUGGAGUAGUUUGCUAGCUGACGGGGACCGGUGUCUUCAGCGAUGGUGGAGAAUGCCGCAGUGAUGGAAGCCAGUCCCGGGCCUAUCUUUGUGGCUGGCUUUAGGGUGACAGAUUUGUCAGCACGGGCGUCUUUGUGGGCUUUCGGGCUGUUGUGGUGGCAAUGCUGCUGUUUCAGGCGGCUGGUGGGCUUGAGUUUGUUUGUCAAAGUUUUUUGUAAAAGUGUUUGUGGAGUGCAAAGUGUUUGCGGAGCAUUUGGUGCAACUUCGCGCAAGGUGUCUGACGGAGUGGGAGGUCCCACACGGUCGAUGUCAUGUUUGUUUACAGCACAAAGGAGAAAAGGAGAACUUGAUUUCUCAGCCUAACCCACCUACAGCACAGUACAAUUAAUCUCGCAUCAUUUGUAAAAAACUGAUCAGAGAUAUUUAUGUUAUCAGAUUUAUCGGUAUGACUCUGAUAAUUAUCCAGCUUAUAUUUAUCGUGAGAAGCCUUGAUUUUUGAGAAUUUGAGAAAAAUCCUCAAAGUUUGAUUAAAAGCCAGAUGAUAUAGUGUAGUAGAGAUAGCAUGUCUGUGUAGGAGAACUUUAGGGUGUCACCAAUUUAAGAGAAUUGAGAGAAGCCAUGAUACCACAUUGAACUAGAAAAGCAGCUACAGAACGCAGACCUCCGCCAAGUGCCAUAGUGCCCCCAUAUUGUGAUUCACACCAAAAUAAGAAUCCUACAUUUUUUGAUAUUUUGUAGAACCUGUUGGAAACUUGUCUUGUAUUUUUUUUUCCCAAGUUCUCUGACCAUUUUUUUGUGGAGUUACAGUAUAUGCACAAAUGCCAAAAAUGGUCAUAUCUCGCAAUGUUAAAGAAUCCUUUCAAAAAUUCCUGGAUCCAGACGGUGAUCCGGAUCACCCCCAAUAUUUAAUCAGUUCUUCCAUGUCCCAUUUCCGACAAUUUCUGAAAAUUUCAUCCCAAUCCAUUCAGAACUUUUCAAGUUAUUUUGAACACAAACACUGGCAAGACGUAACCUCCGUGCUUUGCGCUUGGCGGAGGUAAUUAGGAAGAUUUAGCAAAAGUGAAAUAUAGAAAUGGGCACAGUAAUGAGCACUGAGGGACGCCGUUUCUUUCAUUUGGGCUUGAAGUCUUGAUUUGUGAGGGUUUGGGACGGUUUUCAUGAAAAUGACUCAGACACGGUAUAUAAGGAAGUUUGGUUAAAGGCAAGAUAAAUCACCAUUUGCAGAAAGAAGAAUCUACAGUUUGUCGACGUUAGCUCAGGCUGAGCUGCAAGAAGAGUGGCUACUCACCCAUAUAGGAGAAUUGAGAAGACAUUUUGACAUUAAAUGUACGGAGAAAGAGAAGUGGGUGUAAUAACGAGCUCAGGGGGACGCCAUUCCUUUCAUUUCAUUUGUUUGAAAGGACAGUGUCCAUUACAUGUGCCAAAAAAUGCAGCGAAAUGAUGUGAGAAAUGAUGAUGUAAUGAUAGGACUUGACUCUGUUGGUGCCCUUAUUUGGUUGCUGGUCUCGUCUGGUCCCGGCUGGCCUUCGCUGAUUGUCCACUAUGUGGGAGGUACCACUGUUUCUGCUUGACCUUUGACAUACAUAAACAGCUGUCCAUCUACUCAGCAAGUGGUUUAAUAAAUCAUUAUUUCUAUAAACUACUUGUAAUCACUCACCCAGUUAAUCAUAGACGGUUAUAUUCAUACUGUACUUACAUAAUGACAGUUAAUAAUUCAAUCAAUAAACAUCAAUGCAAACUGUUAUUCUAAAAUCUACUUGUAGGAAAUAUUUACUCAGCUCACAAGUUAGUAAAACAAUUAUCCUACAUGUUUCUUGAGAUUAAGGCUGAGGACUGAACUUGCGACUUGCAGUUCUCUACUAGGGGGAAGUGUUUUCAAACAAGCACCCUGCGUGUUGCUGACUCACUGCCGGUGCAUUUUUUAACGAGCGUGACCACUAAAUAACUCGCCAUGGAGCCAAAGAAAGUUGCGCGUGCCAGCAUUUUGAUGAUAAAGGUGAGAAACACUGUUGAAUUCUAUCUCGCCAGGAUGUACGAGAGAUUUGCAUUCACUUCCAUCCAGUCAUUUAGAAUGAUUUUGUGUGGUUUUAUGCAUAUAAAACUAUCAUUAUACAUUUUUUACAUGUAUUUUUGUUCAUAUUUGUGGGUGUCUGGAAGGGAUUAAUUGGACUUACAUGAUUUCUUAUGGGGAAAAAAAAUGCCUCGGUUUUCGUCUAAUCUCUUGGAAUGAAUGAAUAAUGAACUGAGGUCCACCUGUGGAGAUAAACAACCUGUCCCACUCAAACCAGCUUAUCUAGUGGGAAGUUUUUAUUUGCACUGUAUCAGAAACAAAAGGCAGUGAGAGUCACAGCAUGACUCGCUGGGAAAGCCAAAACAAGUAAAAAAAAAACACAAUUGCAGACAAAUAAAGAGUUCAGUGGAGUGUCCCGUCAUUCCGCAGCAGCAGGUAAUCCUUCAGGCAGCAGGGAAUGUCCAAGCCACUCACUUUUGAGUGGCACAGUGCCCCGAAAUGUCUUCGCAAAGCGCAGCGACAGAGAUGCUGCAGAGAGCGAGGCUGACCGCUGCGUUGACGCAUCAAGUCGAAGAAGCCUGGAUGUCCCUGAGAGAAAGUACCGAGGGGAGGGGUCAAAAGACCACGGAGGCUUGACAGAGAAGUAGCCAUGAGGACAGAGGAGGGAGUCACCUGGUAUAUCUCCUGGGACACGCAGUUGUCCAUCCAGUCGCACGGGGGGACGGACGGGUACGAGUUGAGUAUCACCUCCAACGUGGCAGCAGAGAGAACGCACAACCUCAGCAUCUACGCACGCAGAGGUACGUGCAUCAAAUAUUCAUUGCAUUGGGUUAGAAAAAGGACACGCAGUAAAAGACUUCAAAAUGUCUCAUAGAUGAGCUUAACUGAGUGUUUAACUGUUGGAGUGUGACUUUUCAUUGCCAACCUUUGUUGGAACGGGUUUGGCUCCGUGGUUGAGGAGGAUGCGUACUACAGCUUCAGGAUGUUGGUCUACGUAGUCUUCCACCACCUUAAAGGACAAGCAGUGUUGAUUGUGUGUCUUUAAGAUGGCGUCCGUGAUGGUGUACCUGUAGGACACAGUCCAUGGGUGUGUAUCCUGCACAGUUGCUAACAUCAGCCUUGGCUCCAUGCUGCAGGAGGAGCUCCACUAUCCUGGGGCAGCAGUUGGCGCAGGCGUUGUGCAGCGGCGUGUGCAGCUUCUUGCCCGCUGUUUGCGGGUCAGCCCCCGCGUCCAGCAGACUCUGUACCACACGGCGGUAGCGACCCGCCUCGGACGGCCUCUCGGCCCUGGAGCACGCCGCGUUCAGGGGGGUUUCUCCCUCCCGGUUUGUGGCCAAGACGUCCGCUCCGCGGGCGAGCAAGAGCUCCACAUGCUCGUCCAGGCCCCGCAGGGCAGCCACGUGCAGCGGAGUCAGCCUGGACUCCCUGGCCCUCACGUUGACCUCUGCACCGCCGUCUAAAAGCAGCUCUGCACACCUGGAUGGAGGCCAACAUGUUAGUUACAUCAUGCACCCACCCACCAGAUUGCAGAUGAGAAGUCUCUUUUGACACGGUGCUCCUUCAAAAUAGCCACAUUCAACCCAAAAUACAAGAUCUGGCAUUUAUCUGCAUUUGCCUUUUACACAGAAAAGAGCCAAAUGGGACUUUGUGACUGUGUGUGCUUUCACACAGCGACAAAGCAUCCUGCAACCAGAUAGCAAGGGUUUGUUACACCCCUGUCCUAACAUUGUAUUCCUUUUCACACAGGCGUCUGUUACAGCUGUGAUGACAUCUCCGAAGGCAA